AGGUGUUAGUAUUUUCCCAAAUGGUGCGAUGUUUGGAUAUCCUGGAGGACUAUCUUAUUUGUAAGAAAUACCUGUUUGAAAGAAUCGAUGGACGAGUGCGAGGCAAUCUACGUCAAGCAGCUAUAGAUCGCUUCUCGAAACCCGACUCGGAUCGCUUCGUCUUCUUACUGUGUACUCGUGCAGGAGGUCUGGGGAUUAACCUGACAGCCGCUGACACCGUCAUCAUAUUUGAUUCAGACUGGAACCCUCAGAACGACUUACAGGCGCAAGCAAGGUAUGAAUAUUUGUAUUGACUUUAUGUAUUUUACUGUCGAUUUCAUGUCACUUUUGAACGCGGGGCUCCCAAGUUUGUUGCGAACUUGCCAAUAGACAAUUCCCAUUAUAGACUAAUUUUAAAACUAAGCAAGAAGAUGCAAAUAAAUCAGCACAACUAGAAAGAACAUACUAAAAUGAGUAAAAUUGCAAAUUGGGGAUAUAUAGCCUUGCAAAGUUUGCAAAUUUUGUGUACUCUCGUAUUGGGUGCGGAAAUUGCUGCCAUUUUCGGCCCAAAUGUGAAUACACUUGCAAACUUACUGUAAACAAGUACCUCCGGUGAGAGAAUUUGUUUUGCUUAUAAUAUCAUUCUUAGUCUUAGAAAUCUUUCUUCUUGGCUAGGUGUCAUCGUAUCGGGCAGGAUAAAUCUGUGAAAGUGUACAGAUUGAUAACCAGGAAUUCCUACGAGAGAGAAAUGUUUGAUCGAGCUAGUUUGAAGCUUGGCUUGGACAAAGCUGUGCUGCAAUCAAUGAAUUCCAAAGACGGAACUGCCAACGCUAGUGGACAGAAUGUAAGUGAUGGUUUAAGGUCGAUUUACACUCCACAACCUUUUUUUUAAUGGCUUUAUUAGCAGUUCAUCCACAGGGUGGCUCUUCGCCUACUAAGUACAAAUGUAUAAAUAUUAUAUAUAAACAUAAUUACUAUUAUAAUAUAAUAUAAUAUAUAAUAAUUUGUCUGUCCAGCAACAAACGUUGUCGAAGAAAGAAAUUGAAGAUCUUUUAAAGAAAGGAGCUUAUGGAGCUGUAAUGGACGACGAUGAAGCAAGUUCAAAGUACGUAUAUUCGGAG